AAAGGGAAACAUGGACGAUCUCUCUUCAAUUUCUAAAAGGCCUGACACUUUCAAAACCAUUAAUGACCAAGGUUAGGGGCGCCCUGCUGAGUACCUGUCGAACUCAUGGCAGUUUCGGUUUUUGCGCAUGAUCACAGACAGUAGUUUUUUUGAGAUUGAACCAGAUAUUGCUGGAAAUCUUAUGCUGCCUUCGAGCAUUUACACCAGAGUCGCAAUGCUUUUGCUUUUGUCGGCAGGCAAGUUGAGGCUGGAGGUGAAAGAAAGACGGUAGAAAGCACAAAAUACUUAAGUUGUUCGUUUUCCUCUGUACUGAUCUGUGAGGUGCCUUUGUGCGAACUUUUUGUUGAGCAGCGGGUGAGAGCACCAGGAGACGAUCGAGUUUGCUCAGGUUGCUUUCAGAGUUUGGUCACAUGUACAGAUGGCUCUUCCAUGCGUGUUUUUGAGAUGCUUGUACUGGGAAGAUGAAAACUGCCGGAUAUUUUCCUGCGCAUUUAUAAGCAAUGAAGUGUGUGGCCUGCAUGCGUUGAUAGGAUCAGCCAGGGACUCAUCAUCUGUAAAUUUUCUUUGCCUUCCGGAGCGUUCCUCUGAAUUUGGACUGCUCUGUUUCUGCUUGCAAUUUGCACGACCACCUUAUUGGUUGUUCAUAUUCGCGUGUUAUCUUGCGAUUUCUAUGCAGAAGAAAAGAGAGACAGAGAGGGAGGAGGAGGGGGUGGGGAAGGAGGUAGGGUCUACUGCUUAGACACGUGGUGCCCAGAGGGAGAUGGCCUUUGGUAUCCUCUCGCUUCCACUUACCUUGCUCCAUCUUUAGAAACAUCCCGCCAUUUCUAGAGGCCUCUUCCCGCUGGUCAAAUAUCAAUCCGAUCUCGAGUCCGAUGGAGUAUCCGCUUCAAUUUGUUUCCUGCUCUUCAGGUAAAAAUGGUGGUGUUGUCGAUUUUCGCUUCUUCGCCAUGCCCCUUCAAAACCCAAUUCAUCAAACGCAUUCCUUCGAGCUACCCAUGUGCCAUUCAGAAGAAACCUGUGUCAAAUCUUCCAUUUUCCAGUUGCUCAAGAAGAACCUAUGUCAGAUUUUCGGAUCAAGAUCAUGAGGAACAAUCUCAAGCCCCUACAGUUUCCACAAUUUCAGACCCCAUUGAGGGUGAAACUGAAGGGAACUCUUCGGUAGAAACUGGAGAAGAACCGCAGAACACGGAAGAGGUGGACUGGAAGGUCGAUGAAGAAUUCAAGAGAUUUAUGGGUAGUCCUUCCGUUGAAGCAGCUAUCAAGCUUGAGAAGAAGCGAGCUGAGAGGAAACUCAAGGAACUCAGCAACGAAACAAAUAGUAAUCCUGUAGGCAGAUUCUUCUCCAAUGUUCUUCGUGACAGUGUUGAGAAAGAGAGAGAGAGCUUAGAAAAGGCACAAGAAACUUUCAAAGCCUUAGACCUUAACAAGCUGAAGAGCUGCUUUGGUUUUGAUACAUUCUUUGCUGUUGAUGUUCGGCGGUUUGGAGAUGGUGGAAUCUUCAUUGGUAAUUUGAGGAAACCCCCAGAGGAGGCCAUCCCCAAAUUGGAAAAGAAGUUAUCAGAAGCAGCAGGGAGAGAAGUAGUUGUGUGGUUGAUGCAAGAGGAAGCAGGUGACAUAAAGAAGCAGGUGUGCAUGGUGCAACCCAAAGUUGAGAUUGAUCUUCAAUUUGAGACCACGAAGCUGAGCACUCCAUGGGGAUAUGUUAGCGCCAUCGCCUUAUCUGUUGCAACUUUUGGAACUAUUGCAUUAAUGAGCGGCUUCUUCCUCAAGCCCGACGCUACUUUUGAGGACUAUGUUGCUAAUGUGCUUCCUCUUUUUGGUGGUUUCCUGACUAUUUUAGUGGUUUCUGAGAUUGCAACAAGAAUAACAGCGGCUAGCUAUGGAGUAGACCUGAGCCCAUCCUUUCUUGUACCAUCCAAUUGGACGGGUUGCCUGGGUGUUAUGAACAAUUAUGAGUCCCUUUUGCCUAACAAGAAGGCCCUUUUUGACAUUCCUGUUGCACGUACUGCAAGUGCUUAUUUGACAUCCCUGGCUCUGGCAAUUUCUGCUUUCGUGGCUGAUGGAAGCUUUAAUGGAGGCGACAAUGCCUUGUACAUAAGGCCACAGUUCUUCUAUAGCAACCCAUUGCUUUCUUUUAUCGAGUUCGUGAUCGGUCCUUACUCAGAUGAUCUGGGGAAUGUUCUGCCUAAUGCUGUUGAAGGACUUGGUGUGCCUGUUGAUCCCCUUGCUUUUGCUGGUCUUUUAGGAAUGGUGGUGACUUCUUUGAAUCUUCUACCUUGCGGACGACUUGAAGGUGGUCGAAUAGCUCAAGCUCUGUUUGGGCGAAAUGUGGCGGCAACAUUGUCCUUUGCAACAUCACUGCUGUUGGGCAUAGGUGGGCUUACUGGCAGUGUGCUUUGCUUGGCAUGGGGCUUGUUUGCAACCUUCUUCAGAGGUGGUGAAGAAAUACCUGCAAAGGAUGAAAUCACACCUAUAGGAGAUGACAGGUACGGUUGGGGCCUGGUACUGGCUGUUAUUUGCUUCCUCACUCUCUUCCCCAAUGGUGGAGGCACCUUCUCGAGUUCCUUCUUAAACCAACCGUUUUUCAGAGGAGAUAUGUAAAUAUAGCUGAAUGCUUGUGUAUUUUAUUGUUAUUCCGAUGAAAAUACGUCGUGGCAACUGUUAAAUC